ACAUCUGGACCACCACCCUGCACAGUGUUUCCAGUUUGACCACUUCUCUGAAACGACACCGAAUCGCACAGAAUGAGGAACUUGUAAAGUAGCUGCAGUCGCAGUGUUUCGAGAUUGCUGGGUGUCGUUAGUCUAGAAACUCGCACGGUACAUUCAUCUUCGUCUACACGUCCUUUUGAUAGACAUUAACUGUGUUUAAUAGUUAAGUGUUUUACACUCAUAGCCACUGGUGAGCCAGCUGGGGUCUCUACUGUAGAAGUGUUCAAGGGCCACAAGGCGCAUUUGCAUUAUAUUACAGUGAAGUAUCUCUAAAGUAAAGCUACAUAACAGCGAUAUUCAUCGUUAGCUUCGUGCUCCACCAUUUUGACACCAAGUUUGUAACGAUGCAGCCAAACCAAGUGACAGCAAUGGCGCUGAUCUCUGGCAUCAUCUUUCUUACGUUCAUCUCAAUGGUUGAGAAUAAUGAAUGUGAAGAGAAAGGACAAUACAGAGCGGUGAAUGGGUUUUGCUGCCACCUCUGCCAUGCAGGAUUCAGCUGGUUUCACGACUGCUAUUCUGAUGACAGCGAUGCUCUCUGCAUACCUUGCGUGCCAGGGGAGAACUACAUGGAUGUUGCAAACCGUGGUCCUGAUUGCAAAAAGUGCAGCACCUGCAAUGUUCUCUAUGAAGAUGUUCAACAGGACUGUACUGUCACUAGUGACACUGUGUGUCAGUGUAAGGAUGGAUACAGUCGGCCUCAUCCUUCACAGCCUUGUGAAGUUACAUCAAACACAGAAAAAAACAUUGCAAUUCCUACUGGAAUUGUGACUAUUAUUCUGGUGGCGGUGGUGGCCUUAUUGAUUUAUCGGAAGAAGAAAUGCUUAUACCCCUUUGGACCAAAGUUUACUGGCCUGGUGAAAGAGACUUUGCCUCUUAUAAGUAUGGAGAGGCCCAAGGAUAUCCUUGAGAAUCAACGCAAGCUCAUCGAGAAGAGAAUGAAUUGCAGUGAUGCUGAAGUUUGGAGGAAGUUACAUGGGUGGCUGCCAGACAUUUAUAAGUUAGUCUCUGAAAACAGCUACUUUAUCUUGUACGAGAUGUAUAAAAAAUACAAUAUGAAUCUACCCAUUUACUGGGAGGCUUACGAAACUACUGCCAGCUCUGAACGUGCAGUCCGUAUUCUCGAUCACUGUAUUAAUGAAGGUGAGGAGAUUUGCCAAGGGCUUCUAGAUGUGAUCCAUGCAGGAGAGGACAAGCAUAUACAGCUGCAGACGCUGCUCGACUCUGCCGGAAAAUGCUCUCCAAUUCUUGAUCCAGACACAGCACAUAAAGAGCUUCUUAUCUCAGCUGAUCACAAGACAGCAACAUGGAUCAAGGACCCUCCAGAUAAACCCGAACACCCAGACCGGUUCGAUUACUGGUUGCAUGUCCUGUCCUCGGAUAGUUUCUCGGAAGGAUGCCACUGCUGGGUGGUGAAUGUGAGGGACGUGACGAAUCUUCGUAUUGGCGUCGCUUACGGGAAAAUUCCACGGAAAGGAGAAAGCCAUGCAUGCCUGAUAGGAUACAACAGCAUGUCCUGGUGUUUACGGAAAUACAACAACAAAUUUAGGGCGUGGCAUGACAAGGAAAGCAUCGAGCUGGAAGUGAAUGAAAUUCCUCGCAGAAUCGGUCUUGGCCUGGACUAUGAUGCAGGGCUUCUGUUGUUUUACAAUGCUGACAACAACACACAUUUACACACAUUUUAUGCUCACUUUGCUCAGCCUCUCCAUGCUGCCCUGUAUGUGUGGGGAGGGGCCCUCACCAUUGAGCCUGUUAAUGGUUACAAUUACCUUUAAUGAAGUUUGAAUCAUCCGUAAGAGUAAAAUAAUUUAAUACAAAAAUUUCCAUUAAGCUCAGAAUUGUGUACAAUACAAAUUGUAAUUUUCACUUUUAUUUAUUUUACUACAGUAUAGAAAAGACGACGCUGGAUGAAAGUUUAUUUUAAUGGGAUGAGAAAAUAACUUUCAAAUAAAAUAUAACUAUAUAAGUAUAUAUACUCUGCUGGUGCGUGGAGUCCCUAAGAGCGCUUUUGUGAGCACAAACCAAAGCCCGAAACUAUUGCUUCAUGGAGUAGCCAAGAGUGCUGUUGUGAGUGUAAACCAAGGCCCGAGAUUGCGACUGUGUGGAAUUGCUGAGAGUGCUGUUGUGAGCGGGAACAAAUACCGUAGCUGAUGCUGCGCUGAAUCCUGGGAGCACGGCACUACCGUUGGUCCGGGAGGGAGGUCCCUGAGGCUACACGUGACCUCGAGAGUGGAUUUAGGGACCCUGGGCUUCUGAUGCGUUGCCUCAUCACCCAGGAGUGGAGCGUGCGUAAGGGUUGGUGCGAACGGUGGGCGCGGUGGUCUGUAAUUGCCCUAUCCGUGUGAUGUUCUGUAAUCGCUCUACUGUCGCGGUGUUCUAUACCUGUUUUUUUGCCGUGAGAUUUUGUACUUGUCGCGGUGUCAAGGGGGUCUGUACCUGUUUUGUCGCUUUUGUUAAGCUGGUGAACUAUGGGGUUAUGUAAAUGCUUGCUACUACCAACCAUGCAACGCCACUGGGCUAGACCUUGGAUUGCCACGAUAUACUUGUCACGAUAAAAUAUACAUUUUAAUGACGUAAAAAUAAACGUAAUAUCAGUUUCCCAUAGCUUUGAAACUAUAAUGCACAUGUUUAUUGUACGAGGUGCUUUUGUACGUGUAGAGACAGUGCGUGUGUGGAGACAGUGCGCGUGCGGGGACAGUGCGUGCCCCAGCGGCCACGGGGAGUAAUUACAGGGGUGGAUAUGAAGAGGGCGAGUGGUGAAAAGGAAACCAUCUGGGAAGUUCUAGAGAGUUCAAGAAAGGGGGCGUGGCGGGGUAAGGGCCACGCCUGGGAUAAAAAGAGGCGAGGUUCGGGGUUGCCCUGGGAUCGGCGUCGUCUGUCUUUAGGCCGUCGGCAUCGUCGUCGCUGUCUUCACACCGUCGCUGUCUUCGUGUCGCCACUUGCGUGUCAUCCCUGGCCAAGUUAUCUGCGUGCAGCACCCUAAUUAACAAAUAAAGCAACCCUCUACAGUU